AUGAGAACAGGUCCCUUUAGUCGCUCUGGAUCAAGAGCUGUGGGUCUGAUUACUGGCAUGCAGGAGCAGCCCCGCACAGCCACUCUGUCAUCUCAGGCACAGCAGGGACAGGAGUCUACAGACCGGACCGGGGGCCUCGUAUGCCGACACAUCGCCACAAUGAAUGAAAGGCAGGCUCUCCACUCCAUAAUGAAGGACUUAGUCGCCCUCCAGAUGACGCGGCGGCAGCCUUCGGUGUCUUAUGACAACGGCAAACCAAAGACCCCCACCCAGGCAAACAGACAGGACGAUGUCAGGAUAAAGUUUGAGUACUCAGGAGAGAGGAGGAUCUUGAUGUUUGGGAGGCCUGUUCAGUUUGAGGAAAUUCAGCAGAAAGUCACGAGUGUCUUUGGCCAGCAGCUGGACCUGCAUUAUAUAAACAAUGAGAUGUCCAUCCCUCUGCGAAGUCAGGACGACCUGGACAAGGCGGUGGACCUGCUGGACAGAAGCGCCAACAUGAAGAGCAUCCGGAUUCUUCUCCUCACGCAGGAGCGCCGCACUGCCCCCUCUCCCUCCCAUCAUCCACCCUGCAAGCAGGUGAGGAUCAAGUCCUCCCAGUCCACCGGGGACGUGAGCACAGCGUACCAAGCCCCCGAGCCCAGGGGGCGCCACCUGUCAACUGGUUCCCAGAACACGGGCCGGAGUUCGCCGCCCCCUGGUUACGUACCUGAACGCCAGCAGAGAAUCGCCCGCCAGGGUUCAUACACCAGCAUCAACAGCGAGGGGGAGUUCAUCCCCGAGACCAGCGAUCAAUGCGUGCUGGAUCCCUGGAGCAGUGCAGAGAACUCAGUCUCUGGAAGCUGUCAGUCUCUGGACAGCAACUCAGACAGCCCCUCAUUGAGGAAGUCUCGCAUGCACAGAGCUAAAAGUGUCCCGGAUAAUCGUCAGGAGUGCUCAGACAGGGAGAAUCAUGUCUAUGACAGGGUGGCAGGAAAGGGGGGCACCUAUCCGCGUCGGUACCACGUUUCCCUGCAUUACAAAGACCACAGUGAAGGCCGCCGGACGUUUCCUCGCAUCCGCCGCCCUCAGGGGAACCUGUUCACGCUGGUGCCCUCCAGGCGCUCGCUCAACGGCAGCGAGGAGAGUGUGGGCAGCUGGCAGCUGGUGGACACGCAGGGCCGGCUGCGUCCCCAGGACCGCUCCGUCGCCCACAAGUCUCCCAGUGCACCGGUGACGUGGCGGCGGGGGAAGCUGCUCGGCCAGGGCGCCUUUGGGCAGGUGUACCUGUGCUACGACGUGGACACGGGGAGAGAGCUGGCAGCCAAACAAGUCCAGUUCGAUCCCGACAGCCCAGAGACCAGCAAGGAGGUCAGCGCCUUGGAGUGCGAAAUCCAGCUGUUGAAAAAUCUGCAUCACGAGCGCAUCGUUCAGUACUACGGCUGUUUGAGGGACCACAACGAGAAGACCCUCACCAUUUUCAUGGAGUACAUGCCGGGGGGUUCAGUCAAAGACCAGCUGAAGGCCUACGGGGCCCUGACCGAAAACGUGACCCGGAAGUACACCAGGCAGAUCCUGGAGGGCAUGUCCUACCUGCACAGCAACAUGAUCGUGCACAGAGACAUCAAAGGGGCCAACAUCCUGCGGGACUCAGCGGGCAACGUGAAGCUGGGAGACUUCGGUGCCAGCAAAAGGCUGCAGACCAUCUGCAUGUCUGGCACCGGCAUCCGCUCUGUGACCGGCACCCCCUACUGGAUGAGCCCGGAGGUGAUCAGCGGAGAGGGCUACGGCAGGAAGGCCGACGUCUGGAGCCUGGGCUGCACGGUGGUGGAGAUGCUCACAGAAAAGCCCCCGUGGGCCGAAUACGAGGCGAUGGCCGCCAUAUUCAAGAUCGCCACCCAGCCCACCAACCCGCUGCUCCCCCCACACACCUCGGACCAGGCCCGGGACUUCAUCCGCUGCAUUUUCGUGGAGGCCAAACACAGGCCCAGCGCCGAGGAGCUGCUCAGACAUCCCUUCUCACAGAUUCUGUGCUGAGACCCCCCCCCCCACAGCACAGGAGGGGACUCUGGGGACUGCGUAGCCUCCAUAGACGCUGAGACGCUGAGGUGGGAGCGGUGCGGAUGUCGGCCUUAUUCGGAAGCUCCGAAGGAGAUUCUGUGUCCACGUAACCUCAGAAGCCGAUGGCAGUAUGUGCUUUUAUCAGUGUCCACAAGGGGGAAACCUCGCUUAAGCUUCUGACGGGCAAAAAGACUCCAAAAGCAGCCGUGUCAAAGCGUCUCUGGUGCUUCAGUUUUGGACUCUCCCGUGUUUACAUUCACUCCUCCUGCAGUUAUCAGAAACACCAGCAACGCUCAGUUUUUAGAAAAAGCUGCAACAAACCCAAAGCUCAAUGUGCCAAAAGUCUUUUUUUUAACAAAAAAAGUGCUUUCAAACCAUAAGUCUUUAUGUAAGCUACUUCUGUUUAUUAUUGGAUUUCAAAGCAGUAUCGAUCAAAUGAUCCUACAAAGUCUGAAUUAAGAAGAGGAGGAAUUUCCUCCUCGUCUCAGCUGUAAAAGGGCCAAAACGGGCCAAAAAGGGGACAGACGGGACGCUGUCCUGUGGACUCCUGUCAUCACUUACUUAUGACAGUUUAGCAAAUGAGGCUUAUAGUCAUAUUUUGUGCAAACUAAGGCUUUAAACAGAGAAACUACUCCGGUUUCCUUUGCAUUUUAACAUGCGUAUGGCCCAAGCUUCCCUGACUGAAAGGUUUAGAUCAUUUUCAAAUCAGAUGCACUUUUCUGUUGAGUGAAUGUCAUGGGGAUCUUUUUAAAUGAGAUUUUCCUUCUUCUAAUGGUGAGAUUCUUCCACUUUUAUUUAUAUCCCCAUGCCAUUCCGAAUAGAAAUUAUACGGAGAUAUAAAUGUGUAUAAAUAUAUUUUUUAUAUUCAGACAGUGUCAAAUUAAAUGAUACAUUCAAGACAUAGUGUUAAUAAAAGGAAAUCAAUGGAAGCAGCUGGUUUUGCAGACAUAAAUGAGGUUUAUAUUAGAAAAUGGGUGGCAAACAAACUCUGACUGCCUGGCUCACAUGUCCUGUUCAGCCUCACAGGCUAUGGCAACCUCACCACAUCUAUAAAGACUUAUUAAUAAUAAAACUGAGGUGGGGGGGGCGUUAUCCCAUUAUGAUUAGAGCUGAAACACAGGCCGAAUCGGAGCCAGCGCCACAUGUCAGAGUUUUCUGCUCCACCCAGACGACGACUCUGUUCAUCCCAGGGUUCAGACGGCCUGCCCGGUAUUAAAACGGGCUCCUGGACAGAGGGCUCGCUGUUGCCUUAUAAAACUAAUCCAAGAAUGUUUCAAUGUGGCUGCUACACGCUGAAGGCAGCUAGACAGUGUUCACCUCGAACAUCUGCAGUUAUUAAAAGAAGAAAAAGGGACCCUGGGAUAAGCAGAUGAGCUCAAGCUAGACGUUAGCUUGUUGUAGUUUAUACAUGUUAUUUCACAACACGUAUCACGACAUGACUUGCAGUGCAAAGUCUAAUGUAUCGAAUUUAUUUUACAGCAAGAAAAGAAUAGUAUGUUAUAAAUAAAUAUAUAUGUAUAUUUCAUGUCGUCCAAUCAAAUAAACUG